UGCAGCAUAAGUUAAAUUCAUGGUUCGCUGCACAAAUGUUAACAGCUCGUUCUUGUCGUUUUAAGAAAUUUUAAAUUCGUUAGAUAGAAGUUAAAGUUUUUUGACAUGAAAACAGUUCAACAUCAGGUUGUAUGAUGAUCACUUUAGCGUAUGUUGUCAUUGCAUUCUCAUCAUUACAUUUACCAAUCAAAGCAUCCAGUAAAAAGUUCAAAUUAAGCGACUUACCAGUGUUAAAAAAAUGGGAAAUACCGUCAAACCACUUUGCAAAACAUAUUGGCCGAAAAUAUAAAGAUUUAGACCAGGAAAAAAAGAGAAGCACGUACUGGGAAUUGAAGCCCGAUUUUACAGCAAAUGAGCUUGCCUGGGACGAGGACCCAGAAAAAGUAAAGUUAGAUUUUAACUAUAAGUCUUUCUUUGAAGACGAUGAUGAUGCUGAAAUAUCUGGAAAAAAAGGAGAUAUUCCAUUACAAGAAGAAACUACCUACCCUAAUUUUGCAAUUGGAAAAAAGAGCGCCUUCUUCAAGCAUGUUGACACUGCUUCAACCGGAGAAAAACCUUUAAAGAAAGCGAAGGAGGUUUCAAAACGUAAGCAUGUAGAACAUUCUCAAAACAAAAAGAAACAUGCAAAAAAGAGUAGAUCUCGACGCUCAUUGAUUGAGGAACAUGACGGCGAAGAAGAAGAGUCAGUUAGUUAUCUUUCGCCUAGCUUCUUUCUUGAAAAUCCUGCCGAUAAGGAUGAAGUGGAUGAAGAAAUUAGAAAUAAAAGAGCUGCAAUAUGGAGUGUUGUCAGAAAAAUGCAAUCAUCUCAAUAUCUGCAGAAAAACAAAAAAACAUCCGGAUCAGAACCAUUAAAAAAGCGACAAUUGACGAAGCAUGCAGUGCAAUAUCCAACACCAUUCAUCUCUGCAAAACAGAAUGUAAAUAUAAUUAAAAAGUCUAAUAUCGUACCCAAACCAAACAAAGAGUUGACAUCAAAUCGUAGGCAAAAAAUAGCCAUUAUCAAUGACAUCGAAAACGCUAAGAAAACUGUCAGGAGUGUGCUAGAAAGUAAGAGAAAGUUGAAGGCUGGAGAGCUUGGAGAUGAGCAAGGUAUCGAAAGUAAAGACAUACGAGCAAAUGUCCAACCUGUGAAGGCUAGCAAGGAUGUCAAAGCCGUCUCUAGACAAAACAUUAUCAGACCAAAAACUUCACUGAAUGUGGACCCUGCAAACGUUGCUAGGGCUGUUAGCAUGGCAAUGGAACAGUUAAAACGGGAUAAGAUGUGGGGAAAAGUAUUUGUACAUGUUCGUCCCAGUGGACAAUUGAAAGUUAUGGUACAAGAAACAAGAAGGAUGGAAGACGAAAAGUAAAACAAAGUCUUUUUCCUUAGGGUAGUUUUCACUGCUACAAUUUAUUGUGCACAAUAAAUAGUGGACAAUUCUCUAUACUAAACAUAAACCAAUGCAAA